AUGGCCAGUGGUGGGUUGAACUUUGGAGGGGCCGUGCAGGAAAGGUGCUUGCCGCAUUUUUGGUACCCUUCCGCGGAGUUUCAACUGUACGUCGUCAGAACAAUCAUCCUAGUGGCAAUCUUUUCAAGGUGUCCGAAAGUGGGUAUAGCCAUCAUGGCAGCAAUUGUUGUCUCAACCUGCAUCGCCGUGGGAGUAGUCACGCACCUCUACAACUACUUGCCUGUACAUCUCGUCCUCACAUUGGAUAUCCAAGCUCUGUCCGAUACUGCCAUGCACGUUUACAACAAGGCCUUUGCGCACGCCGGAUCCCUCUUUACUGCGAUCAUCUUUGGCUCCUUCGCCGCCAAGCCGCACCAGCUAUCUCGCAAGGCGCAUGUGUUCUGGUGGACGGUGGCGGCGACCUUUGCCUGCACGUCGCUGUUCGGUAUCUACUCCUGGAACAGGGGUCGCGCGCCCGAGCACCUAGAGUCCGUGGUCUACGCCGCACUGCACCGGGUCGCCUGGGGCUUUGCAGUCUCCUGGGUCAUGUACGCAUGCGCAACAGGCCGUGGUGGACCCGUCAACAAGAUCCUCGCCAACCCGCUUCUCUACCCGCUGGGCCGACUCUCGUUUGCGGCGUACCUCGUGCACGUGGUCGUGGUCUUUGUUAACAUCAUUCUCGGCCGGGAGCGAAAUACCAAUAAGCCGUUCCUUGAGGCUCAGAAUUACAUAUCCCUGAUCAUUACUUCGUACGCUUUCGCCGCCAUCUCCUACCUGUGCAUAGAGUGUCCAAUCGACGCCCUUGACAGCCUGGCGUUCGGACAGUUCAAGGGAAAACCCAAUUCUUCAGUUGAGGCCGCAAAGCAAAACGCAGCGCUCGAGUUGAAGAGCGGUCACAGCGCGAACGGUACAGCUGGCAACAAUGGUCUCUCCGUCGGUUAUCUUCUCUUCCAGGUCAACGACGACAAUAAUAGAAUUCCCUUCAGCUCGACCAAUUACGACGACGGUCUACACAAAAAGGAAUGCAAGAACCGGCUCAAUGUGCAUAAAAAGGGUACCUACGAAAAGAAACUUGACGCGAAAAUUACGAAUAAUGAAGACUCGUCGGUUAGUACAAGGCUUUAA